AUGGAAUGUAAAAGUUAUCAUGAAAAAAAGGGAAUUCAUUCAGGCAAAUUGUGGAGUUGGCCUUCAGUUCGCAUCUUUGUUGGUAUUUGGUCAACAGCUAAAAAUACUGCGAUUCGAAAUUUAAUACGGACUCUAUAUUCGAAGCAAAAAAAAGAUUUAAUUGAUGACAAAGUAGAUUUCAAAUUUAUUCUUGGCAAAUCGAGUGAUAAUGACAUGUCCAUGUUGAUUGCAGAGAAUGAUACUUUUGGUGAUAUCGUCAUACUGGAUGUAAAAGAAAACAUGAAUAAUGGCAAGGCAUAUUACUAUUGGCAAUGGGUUGGCAUAAAUAUUAAGACCACAGAAUAUGAUCAUGCCGCAAAGACCGAUGACGAUUCUUUUGUACAUUUUCAAAAUAUGGCUCUUAACCUUCGACCGCUACCACGUGAUUAUCUAUAUUAUGGGCACAUAAUUAAAUAUAAGAAGAAAAUAGCCUUUGCUCGAGGCCUGCUCCAAGUACUUUCACUUAAUUAUGUAUACCCAUUUGUGUCAAUUCCAUUCAACGAAAAAGAAUGGAAUGGGCCUGAAGAUGUUAAAUUGGGGGCAUGGUUGGAUAAAUACACAAAUUCAACUUUAAAUCAAUUCAAUGAGGAUUGCUUAAUGAUUCAUGAUCCACGAGUACCAGUACAUCGUCCUAUAUGGAGGCAAUGGGCAUCUCCGCAUACAAUUGUUAUACAUUGGCUAAAAGACAUUAAUGCAUGGAGAAGUGUUGUUGAUUUUCACUUUGGCAAAGAUUAUAACUAG